GGGAACCUUGCUCUCAUUGUCAUCCUCCAUCGUCUGCUCGUUGCUGGUUCCCAUCCUCGUCCUCUGCCCUACUCUAAUGGCGCUCCCAGAUGAACUCCUCGAAGAGAUCUUCCGCCGCCUCCCCACGGCCGCCGACCUCGCGCGCGCCUCCGCGGCCUGCGUCUCCUUCCGCCGCGUCAUCACCAGCCAUCCCUUCCUCCGCCGAUUCCGCGCCCUCCACCCGCCGCCCCUCCUCGGCAUCCUCUGCGGCGGCCUCAUCCCCGCCCAGCCGCCCCACCCUUCCGCCGCGGCGGCGGCCACCUUAGCCGACGCCGACUUCUCGUGCUCCUUCCUCCCGCCGUCCCGCGACCGCUGGUGCCUCCGCGACGGCCGCGCCCUUUUCUCCCCCGCCCCCGAGCGGACCGGCGGCGACUACAACCGCCGGGACCUGGUUAGGGAGUUCGCUGUCUGCGACCCCCUGCACCGCCGGUACCUCCUGCUGCCUGCCCUCCCCGACCAUCUAGCCGACCAAGUCCAUCGACCGGACAUCAUACAUUGCGAGCCCUUCCUUGCUCCUCCCGGCGACGAAGAGGACUCGUCAUUCACAGACUUCAGAGUCAUGUGCUUGACCCUACUACGCCCAUGGAUGCUUCUGCUUGGAGGUUUGUCCGGAAGACACGCUGCUCGUGCUCGAUGCACAAAGGCUGGAGUUCUCCCCUGUUGACCUCCCGCCUCCACUUGGCUCUUGUAAGUGGGACAUGGCCAUUGUGGAGGCAGCAGAAGGAAGGCUUGGGAUGCUUACUAUCUCUGAGCAUACUGAAGCUGGUGUGUACAAAUACCAUCUCGUGUAUGAUGUAUUGCAUCCUAAGGAUGAGAAUGGCGCAAACCAGUGGCAAUCAAAGUCCGCAAUCCCUUUGCCGGUGAAUUAUCGCUAUGGCAUCUUGGGUGUAGCUGGUGGAUACUUGCUCCUAAUUGGGUAUCCACAACAGAACAGGCUAGUACUUGAUUAUUUUUCACUGAAUCUCCAGACAUUUCAGAUUGAGUGGUUCUGUCAGACUGGUCGCUGUGCCAUAACUAGCGACCUGUAUGCCGAUCUCCCACUGUCCUUGGCCCCGCCAACUAUUUGAAGUGGGCUUGUCAGAGAAUAAUGCAGAUGGCAAGUGCGAUGCCAUGUUAAGGGGAAUAAAUGCAAGAGCAUUUGACAGCAAUUUGCAGCUGAUAGAUACUUCCUCAUUUGAACCGUUGAAGAACUAGAAACGUGCAAUGGAUGUCCGCCGCAUCUGCCUUCUUUUCACUGUCGAAGAUUUCAUAUCGUUAAACCGUUUCUGCUAUUUGUGCAGUGCUUGCCUGGCAAGAGACUGGACUUAGGACAAGCGAACGGCCUGAUUGGCUCGCAUACCUGUAGUGUCCAGCUUCAGUAGUGGCUUCGCUUGCUUGAACUGAGUGCCGGGCAAGUUUUGCAGCUUUAGUUGUAACCCUGGGAAUGGAAUAGUUUGCUUUUGCUGAUAUAUGAUUCCAGUAUGUAUUUAUGGCA